AUGUCAUUAAUGUAAACAGAGUCACGUAACGGUUUCCGUUUGGUAAAACAGUCAAAACUACGGGGGUUUAGUUAUUAUGCGGCAACAGAGCGGCGGUGCGGCCCGUUCCCUCCGAGCGGUCGCGCAUUCAUGGCAUUUCAUUGUACGCGGCAGUCAGUGCCCUGCCGCCGCGGGGGGAUCGCGCGCUUUCGCUGCCAUGCCGCGCGCCGCACACUGCUCUAUUUACUAUACCGUUUAUAAUCGACGCUAUCGAAACGUUUCCGCAUAGUACACGCGCUCCGAACAGCUGAACAUGAACGCGCGCAACAUAAACACGCCGCUUUCAUUCACCGGGAGCCUGUGCUGACGAGUGACAAACAUGACAUGGACACAGUGCCGUUUAUAAUGAUAAUUAACGUGAUAUUGUUUUGUUUGGUGAUGGGCGCGGCGCUGACGGAGGCGCCCGCCGAUGUGGAUGCUUGUUUCCGUGUGUCCGGUGAGAACAGUGCGGUGGAGUGCAAUGUACGGACGCUGUCGGCGGACGGCGACGUUGGCGGUUCGAUGCACCCGGACGGUGCGGAGCGGCUCGCGAUCCGUUGCAGCGCGCUCCUGCUCGAGAGCACGCUCAGGGACCACCACUUCGGCAGGAUGCAAGGUUUGGCGGAGAUCUCUAUACACAACUGCAAAAUACUAAGGCUGCCGGGGAACGUGUUCGAGGGCCUGCGCGGACUCAAGACGCUAAGGAUACGCACCAUGAACAACGAAUGGAGCAACAACAAAGAACUGGAGCUCUCACUCGGAGCUUUCAACGGUUUGAGGGAACUGCACACUCUAGAUCUGGCUUAUAACAAUAUAAGAAAAAUACCUUCAGAUCUAUUUUGCGCUUUGGAAAACAUAAUUUCGCUGAAUUUAACGAACAACAAAAUAAAGUUUGUUGACGAGUUGGGUUUUGGGCACAAGUGCGGCUCCACUCUGCAGACGAUAGACUUGAGCAAUAACGACAUCAUGUCACUGCCAGCUGAUUCCGAGAUAUUGCACUUGAGGAGACUGACGCAGCUUUUUCUACAAAAUAAUAAAAUAAGCGAGUUGCCGCAUGAAGUUUUUAGCGAUUUGCUAUCGUUAAAGGUUGUGAAUUUAUCUGAUAAUGGUAUCAAUUACUUGCCAGAAGGAUUAUUUCACAAUACCAGAGAAAUCAGAGAAAUUUAUAUGCAAAAUAACGAGUUGGAAAUUUUGCCCAAGAAAAUAUUUAAUCGGCUGGAACAAUUACUCGUUUUAGAUCUUUCGGCGAACAAAUUGAGAAGCGACCACAUAGAAGAUGAAACGUUCGGCGGUCUAAUAAGAUUAAUCGUGCUCGACCUGUCGCGUAACGCACUCGCACGGAUCACACGCAAUAUGUUCAAAGACUUGUUCUUUUUACAAAUACUCAACUUGAACAAUAACUCUUUAGGUUUUAUCGAGGACAAUGCAUUUUCGCCACUGUUCAAUUUGCAUACUCUAAACUUGGGCGUGAAUAAAUUGCACGCCGUAGAAGACCACAUGUUCAACGGGUUGUUUAUAUUGAAUAAGCUAAACAUAAACGGUAAUUUGUUGUCGUUUGUAAGUGAAAAUGCUUUUAAAAAUUGUUCUGAUUUGAAAGAAUUAGACUUAAGUUCUAAUAAGUUAACUAAAAUACCUGAAGCAAUAUUGCAGUUGCCGUUUUUGAAAUCGCUCGACUUGGGAGAGAAUUUAUUGACGGAAAUAACCAAUAAUUCAUUUCAAAAUCUAUCGCAGUUGACCGGGUUACGUUUAAUCGACAAUCAAAUUGGAAACCUUACCGCGGGCAUGUUCUGGGGUUUGCCCAGCCUGCAAGUGCUCAAUUUGGCGAAAAAUAAAAUACAGUCGAUCGAGACCGAAACCUUUCAAAGGAACACGCAAUUGGAAGCCGUUCGUUUGGACGGCAACUUCAUUUCUGAUAUUAAUGGUGUGUUUGUGGCUUUAACGAAACUGUUAUGGUUAAAUUUAUCGGAGAAUCAUUUGGUUUGGUUUGAUUACGCUUUCAUUCCGGGCAGUUUGGUGUGGCUUGAUAUCCAUGCUAACUUUAUUGAAAUACUAGCGAAUUACUAUAAAAUACAAAAAGAGUUGCACGUGAAAACAUUAGACGCGAGUCAUAACCGUUUGAUGACAUUGUCCGCAUUAUCAAUACCGCCCAGCGUGGAACUUUUGUUUAUAAACAAUAAUCUAAUAUCAAGUAUCGAGACGGACACGUUUUUAGAAAAAAGAAAUCUAACUCGUGUCGAUAUGUAUGCCAAUGAGAUCGAAAGUUUAGAUAUAAAUAGUUUACGCAUUUCUAAAGUGCCAGAGGAUCGAGUGCUGCCCGAGUUUUAUAUCAGCGGUAAUCCAUUUCACUGCGAUUGCACAAUGAAAUGGCUUUUGCUCAUAAACUCCAUCGUAUCCCGACAAUAUCCGAGAGUGAUGGAUUUAGAGAACGUUAUAUGCAAAGAGUCUUACGUGCGCGGCGUUAAGUACCUCCCGGUCAGCUCUUUACAUCUAAAAGACUUUUUAUGUAAAUAUGACACUUAUUGUCCUGAAGAUUGUCACUGUUGCGAUUUCAACAACUGUAACUGCAAAACGAUAUGUCCUAUAAAUUGUUCUUGUUAUCACGACUCGACGAAAAGUACCAGUGUUAUCGACUGCUCUGUAAAACAAUUAAAACUAGUACCGCAAAGCUUUCCUGUAGACGCGACGCACAUUUAUUUAGAUGGGAAUGUCUACAGCGAACUAAAUGAAACUGUGUUUAUGUCGAUGCGAAAUGCUUUUGUUAUUUAUUUGAAUUCGAGCAACGUCGUCACAAUCAGUAACAACACAUUCAGCACCCUCCACGAUCUGAGGAUAUUACAUUUAGAUAAUAACAAACUGAGACAAUUACGAGGGCUCGAAUUCUCAAAGCUAAGCAACUUGAAAGAACUGUAUCUGCAAAGUAAUUUAAUAGAGUAUAUAUCAAAUGAAACUUUUUCUCUUUUGGGAGCGUUGGAAGUUUUACGCUUGGAUGGCAACAGACUCGUGAAUUACGGUCUGUGGCACUUGGACAAUAACAAUAAGUUACAAACGCUAUUCAUCGGCACCAAUCAUUGGUCUUGUGACUGUAAAUAUUUGCAAAGUUUUUUGACCUACGUGUCCCAAAACGUGGAAAAGGUCAUAGACAUAAACAACUUGUGGUGUUAUAACGAGAACGUCAAACCAGCUAAGAAGCCGUUAAAUUUGAACGUGACCGUUUGCAGCGAAAUAAGUGAAACGUCGGUGAUAAGCGCUUUCUUCGUAUCCCACAACCUGCCGCUCCUCGCGUCCGCUGUCACCGGGUUCAUGCUUAUUUUAUUAAUAUUAGCGUUAGUGUUUACAUUUAGGUAUGCUUGUAGGAUGUGGUUGUAUUCGAAUUGUGGAAUUAAGUUAUCACCUUUAGCGGAUGACUUUGAAGACACUGAAAAGCUUUAUGACGCUUAUGUAUGUUAUAGCCCUAAGGAUGAGGAGUUUGUCGUGGAGACGCUAGCAAGAGAAUUAGAGAAUGGUUAUCCGUCAUACCAUCUGUGUCUUCAUUACCGUGACGUGCCGCAAUUCGAGGCGACGUACGCACAGUUUCCUGACUUGGUGGUCGAAGCGACGGAAGCUUCAAGGCGUAUCAUAGUAGUGUUGACAACCAAUUUUAUCUUAACUGAAUGGUCACAGAUAGAGUUUCGACAAGCCCUACAGAAAGCGCUUAGAAAGAAUCCAAAUAAAUUAAUAAUAGUCGCCGCGGGGCACAUCCCACGAGAUCCGGAGUUGAAGUCGUAUUUCAAAACGGGUUUGGAGAUAACGUGGAAAGAGAAACGUUUUUGGGAAAGGUUACGUUAUGCGAUGCCGUCGUCGAAGCGACGCGGUCACAAGUUAAAAAGACAUAAUUACGGGAGAAAUUCUAAUACGUACACGAUGGAUGCGUCGGUGUUGAACAGUACGUGCCAGACGCUUUGCGGCAAGUCGGCGAAUUCCGUGGAGCGCUCGCCGUGCGACCGGCCGCUCUCCGAACAUAUCUAUUCUACAAUAGACUCGGAUUACUCGUCGGCCGAUUUCCAGGGGCGGCACAAUCAGCCGCAAUCUGUCGUUUUCCAACACACAGUCCAAACGUACCUGGUAUAGAGGUCCUCAGUAAACAUUACGCGGUAACCCAAACGAUCUCUCGAUAAUUGAUUUGUAAGCCUUAGUCUUAGCCUUAGGCGAUUGCUAAAUUCGUUUUGUUAUGAAGCGAAAAUCGUCCGAUGUUGUAUAUAUCACAAAACUUUAUGAUCUAUUCCUAAAAUGUAGCUAAUAUAACUUUUGUACAAUAACGAUACCAAAUUUUCGCAUUUGAAAAAGUUUUGCUUCUUAUUUAUUACUUUUUUUAAAUGAAAGAAAAAAUGUUUUAAUGAGUAUUAAUUGGAAAGACUGUAAAUUAUUGUGUAGUUGUAUUUCGAUCGGCUGAUGUUUGUAUAGAUAUGUGAUUAAAAGUUUAUGAAUGAUGAA